AUGCGAUCACUGAUCAGUCUCAGUUCGAAAGACACAUCUGCAAGCGACGAAAACUCCAAAAUGAUGAGGGCCAGCAUGUAUCAAACCGCAUACCAACGAAACUAUCGCCGGCGUCGGCCUGAGCUCGACGAAUCAUCACCAGCUCCACCCUUCGGGGCCAUCAUUCAGUCGAUGAGCAUCGCUGAGCUUUCAAAGCCUGCAACGACAUUUGCAUCAUCCGCUCGGGUGACUGACUGCAGUCUCCUCGCCUCGUACAACUGGCUUGACCAAGCGACACCAAGUAUCCUUGUUCCUGGUGCACCACCCAUGUGGACACCGCUCGCAGUGCCUGUCAAACUGCGGGAGGACGAUGGUGUUUACUACCGCGACAAGAACGCUGCCCGGUAUCCCGCCCAUCCGAUGGAGCCGAUGGUUCAGGCCGUCUUUGCAACCCACCCGGAGCCUCUCGAAGGAGGGGUAGACAUCGUCGCGUGCGGGAGUACACUUGGAAAUCUUCUUCGUUUCGUCCGGGGCGACGAAAAGCCAUUUCGAAUGCUCGUCGAAGUAGUUGGCAACACCGUACACCUGAUCCGCAGAGAGAACUCGCCCAAGGAGACGAUACCGAAUGUCCGAGGCUACGGCCACACUUUUCCAGAGGCCUACACGACCUGGGACGCCGAUGUCCGGGGCUCAGCAUCUCAUCAGAGAAUCUUGCAAUACACCUUUGGCGGUCUUAGGUGCAUUGUCCGACACGAGGGCGACGGCUAUCUCCGAGACAAGUUGACUUCGUCAAGCAAGCCAAAACUUCUAGGAAAGGGGCGUGGGAGCACUCUCGAAGAACUCAUCGCCAGUUUCGAGGGUAAUGGGGUAACCUCGGUGAACCCUGUUCCUUCCUCUGAGCUGCACAUACAGCCAGGUGGAUUCGACGUGCCUCAGUCGGCGGUCUUCGAUCUCAAGACGCGUUCUAACAUGCGCAGAGGUCAGGACUUCCUCGGCGAGGAGCUUCCUCGUAUGUGGGUUGCACAGAUACCGAACUUCGUACUAGCAUACCACGAUCGCGGCAGAUUCAAUGACAUCGAGGUCAUGGAUGUGUCGGAGAAGAUCCGCGACUGGGAGAGGGAGAUGAACCGAAAGCUCUCGCAGUUGGCCGCGCUACUGCAUCACAUCAUCGGCCUGGCCCGGACUCAGCCAGGCGGAAAGCUGGAGAUCAGCCGGCAACUUCUGGACAGACUCGAGAUCCGAGCCCAGACUUCGGGGGUGACUCCGCCGUUCUCGGAAGGCGUGUCGGUGAAAUGGGCAUCAUGGCUGGGGCAGCCUGUGAUGAGCAGCGAGGACGAAGAUGAGGAUGAAGUAGCUGGAGGCGAUCUGACUUGGAGCGAUGGUGAAGAUAUCGGCGAUGAUUUCACUGCCUGUUCGCAGGAUUGCUCAUACUGCGGUCGAUGUACUUACUGA